AUGGCCACCGUUCACGAUUCUACAAUCGCAACGGCGACACCAAACACCAACGACAACCCCCUGGCGCCAUCAACCAUGUCCGACAACGCCAACAAGACCCAGUCGCGCCUCCUGCUCCUCUCCGGAGAGCUGCGCAACGCCAUCUACAACUUCGCCCUGCUCACAGAAGACCCGAUCAAAUUCAACAAAGAAAACCCGACUCCCCCAGGCCUCCUCGCGGUCAACCAGCAGAUCCGCGCCGAAGCCGCGCCCAUCUACUACCAACUCAACACCUUCGACGUCUCCAACCCGGACUUCUCGCCCAUCGCGCUCCAAGUCUUCCGCAAGCAAAGCAAGCCCUGGCUGCCAUCCACCAUGAUCCGGGAGCAGCGGAGUGUGCGGAUCGAGCUCAAGAUUCGGUCCGCGAACUGGGCGAAUGUGCUGGAGUGGGCGAAGGUGGCUCAUGCGGAUUAUGUGUUGGGGUUGUGGUGUAGUCAGGAGCUGUGCCCGGCGAGUGUUGAGUCGGUUACCAGGGUUUUGUUUACGGCGGCGACUCUGAGGGAUUUGGAGUGGGAGACGGUCGCGGUGGUGUUGCAGCAGAUGAGGGAAGUUUCGGAGCUCGAGAAGGUGGAGUGGGCGAGGCGAUGA